UUUGUUUUUGAAUCAAUUGCGAAAACAAACUUAGAUAAUCAUGUUCAGGUUUAAAUGCAAAAGCAGAAAAGGAUGUGUUCUUGUGUUAUUGACGUUGAUUUUUGUUUUUAUAAUAAACAGGUUCGUUCGAAAUAUCUCAAGAACAGAUAUUAUGAAUCACGGAAUCAUGUCGGAUUCAAAUUCAGCAUACUCAAAAACUUUGACAGGAUGCUGGAGCAGUUCUAGGGCUUGUGUUAGAUUAUUUGAUACGUCCAAGGACUAUUCAAAUGCAAGCCAAAUUAAUGUAUGCGUUUAUCAAAUAGUCCCGACUAUCAAAAAAGCGAUAAUAUGCAUUUAUGAUCCUAAAACGGACAUAUAUAUCUCGAAAUCAAUAUUGAACAACGGCAAUUGGGAAGGAGCGCUAAUUGGAGAAGUUUUAAAUCUACUAAGAACAGACCAACACAUGGAGUUCUUAGAUUUGGGAUGCAAUAUUGGUGUGUAUACGAUAUCGGUGGCAACUUUAGGUCGCCGAGUGACGGCGUUGGACGCGAACCGGAAGAAUCUGGAGAUGCUUCUGACGUCCUUGCAGAUUGGAAACCUCACAAGGAAUGUAACUAUGCUUUGGAACGCUCUGUCGGACAAAUCGGAAGUGGUAAACCUCAAGGAAGACGCCGGGAAUGUUGGCGGCAUGGCGAUUGUGAGUGGCCAAGAAUUGGCACCUGAUUUCGAAAAUAGCACAAUAGCUGUAACGCUUGACGAUUUAGAGGUCAUGUUCAGAAAGAAAAAGUUGCUGAUCAAGAUGGAUAUUGAAAGGUAUGAGAUGAAAGCGCUCUUAGGAGCCAAACGGUUCUUUGAAUACGUGAACAUUCGAUACUUGAUUAUGGAAUGGAUGCAUCACGCCGAGACAGAUACUGGUUUAGAAAUUAUUCAGUUCCUGUCAGCUCGAGGUUUUGUUCCAUACGCGCCCAACGACAGAACAAGACCACUGCAGCAAGAGACGAGAAAUAAAUGGCCAAAUGACAUUCUGUGGAAGCAGACGGACAGUGGAAUCGACAAAUAAUCCAUGAACGUGUAAAAUAUACACAUUAUAAAGCCUGUUAGUUCCGAUUAGUUUUAAUCUUUGUUAAAUAUUGUAAAUACAAAUAUUUGAUAUGACCAACGUCAUUUCAAAUAAAAUUUGUAUACAGGUAAAGACAUUAUAAUAGUAGCCAUAAAUUUAGCGAGCUUUACAACGACGUGUUAAAUAAAUAUGGUGUUUAAUGACAA